AUGGAGAGUCUCAUGGAUCUAAGGGAUUUCGAAUUGAGUCCCAAGGAUCGCUCCAUCGAAGCCCUCGCCAAAUGGAGAUCCGCCGUGAGGCUAGUCAAAAACCCUCGCCGACGCUUCCGCUGGGUCGCCGAUCUCGUCAAACGCAAACACGCAGAGGAGAAGUGCCGCAAAUUACAGGGAAAGAUUCGUGCCAUUAUCUAUGCUGAAAGGGCAGCACUACAAUUUAUGGAUGUUAUUGGUCCAGCUGAAUACAAGGUGUCAGAAAAGACGAGAGAAGCUGGUUUUGGUAUUGAACCAGAUGAUAUUGCAUUGUUGGUUCGAGGUCAUGAUUACAAGAAAUAUAAAAAAAUUGGUCAAGUUGAAGGUAUUAUAGAGAAACUCGGUGCCUCAGUCGAAGAUGGUGUUGGUGGAGACAGUAUAGAUACCAGGCAAGAGAUUUAUGGAGUCAACCGUUAUACUGAGAAACCUUCUAAAAGCUUCCUGAUGUUUGUUUGGGAAGCACUGCAUGACUUAACACUAAUCAUUCUCAUGGUCUGUGCGAUAGUUUCUAUAGCCAUAGGGCUUCCCACUGAAGGAUGGCCAAAAGGUAUUUAUGAUGGUCUAGGAAUCAUACUUAGUAUAUUCUUGGUAGUCAUUGUUACUGCUAUCAGUGACUAUCAGCAAUCCCUACAGUUCAGGGAUUUGGACAAAGAAAAGAAAAAGAUAUUUGUCCAGGUCACAAGGGACAGAAAAAGACAGAAGGUCUUAAUUUAUGAUUUGGUUGUGGGAGAUAUUGUUCAUUUGUCAACUGGUGAUCAAGUUCCUGCUGAUGGAAUUUAUAUAUCAGGAUAUUCUUUGAUAAUUGAUGAGUCAAGUUUGACAGGUGAGAGCGAACCAGUAGAUAUAGAUGAAAAAAGACCUUUUCUUCUUUCGGGAACAAAAGUUCAAGAUGGUCAGGGGAAGAUGAUAGUUACGACUGUUGGCAUGAGGACUGAAUGGGGGAAGUUGAUGGAAACUCUAAGUGAGGGAGGACAAGAUGAGACUCCACUGCAAGUGAAAUUGAAUGGAGUUGCUACUGUUAUUGGAAAAAUUGGUUUGGCUUUUUCUGUGCUGACAUUUCUGGUGCUGACAAUAAGGUUUGUGGUCGAAAAAGCAGUUAGUGGUGAUUUUGCUAGUUGGUCUUCAAAUGAUGCAUUGAAGCUGCUGGACUACUUUGCUAUCGCGGUAACUAUAAUAGUUGUUGCAAUUCCUGAAGGGUUGCCGUUAGCUGUGACACUCAGUCUUGCUUUUGCAAUGAAAAAGUUGAUGAAGGAUAAGGCACUUGUGAGACAUCUUUCUGCCUGUGAAACUAUGGGUUCGGCGACUUGCAUCUGCACAGAUAAGACAGGAACAUUGACCACUAACCAUAUGGUGGUAAAUAAAAUUUGGAUUUGUGGAAAGAUCGUGGAGAUUAAAGGUAAGGAGAGCGUUGACAAACUGAAGACAGAGAUACCCGAAGAAGUCUUAAGCAUCCUUUUGAGAGCUAUAUUUCAAAAUACUUCUUCUGAAGUAGUUAAGGACAAAGAUGGAAAUACAACAAUAUUGGGAACACCAACAGAAUCAGCAUUAUUGGAAUUUGGCUUGCUUUCAGGUGGUGAUUUUGAUGUGCAGCGUGCAACAUAUAAGAUACUUAAGGUUGAGCCUUUCAAUUCAGUCCGGAAGAAGAUGUCCGUGCUAGUAGGUCUUCCUGAUGGAGGUGCCCAAGCUUUCUGCAAAGGUGCUUCAGAAAUAGUAUUAAAAUUGUGUAACAAAGUGAUUGAUCCGAAUGGAACAGUUGUUGAUCUUUCUGAUGAUCAGGCAAAGAAUGUCUCUGACACUAUAAAUGGCUUAGCCUCUGAAGCUUUGAGAACUCUUUGUUUAGCUGUUAAAGAUGUAAAUGAACCCCUAGGGGAAACCAGCAUCCCUGAAGAUAGUUAUACUCUGAUAGCCAUUGUGGGAAUCAAGGAUCCAGUCCGUCCUGGGGUUAAGGAAGCUGUUCAAAGUUGCUUAGCUGCUGGAAUAACUGUCCGCAUGGUGACCGGUGAUAACAUCAAUACAGCUAGGGCCAUAGCUAAAGAAUGUGGCAUACUUACGGAGGAUGGUGUAGCUAUAGAAGGACCGGAAUUUCGUGAUUUGUCUCCAGAGCAAAUGAAGAGUAUUAUACCAAGAAUUCAGGUUAUGGCACGAUCCUUACCUCUUGACAAGCAUACCUUAGUAACCCGUUUGAGGAAUAUGCUUGGUGAGGUUGUAGCUGUUACUGGUGAUGGAACCAAUGAUGCUCCUGCACUGCAUGAGUCAGACAUUGGACUUGCUAUGGGCAUAGCUGGAACUGAGGUUGCCAAAGAAAAUGCUGAUGUCAUUAUAAUGGAUGAUAACUUCACUACCAUUGUCAAUGUGGCCAGAUGGGGACGGGCCAUAUACAUAAACAUUCAAAAAUUUGUGCAGUUUCAGUUAACAGUCAAUAUUGUUGCUCUGAUUAUUAAUUUUGUUUCUGCCUGUAUCACAGGAUCUGCUCCCCUCACAGCUGUUCAGUUGCUUUGGGUCAACCUGAUUAUGGACACUCUGGGUGCAUUAGCUUUGGCCACUGAACCUCCCAGUGAUGGACUUAUGCUAAGACCCCCAGUUGGAAGGACAACCAACUUUAUUACCAAAUCCAUGUGGAGGAAUAUAUUUGGUCAAAGUUUAUACCAACUAAUUGUCCUUGCGGUUCUCACUUUUGACGGGAAGAGACUACUGAGAAUUAAUGGUUCAGAUUCAACUAUAGUGCUCAACACUUUGAUAUUCAACUCCUUUGUAUUUUGCCAGGUUUUCAAUGAGAUAAACAGCCGAGAUAUUGAAAAGAUAAACAUAUUCAAGGGCAUGUUUGAGAGCUGGAUAUUUUUUACGGUUGUUUUCUCCACAGUGGCAUUUCAAGUACUCAUAGUUGAGUUCCUGGGAACAUUUGCCAGCACAGUGCCUCUAAGUUGGCAAUUCUGGGUACUGAGCGUGGUAAUUGGAGCAAUUAGCAUGCCAAUAGCUGCUCUACUUAAGUGCAUCCCAGUUGAAAAAGGAGAUUCUACAAAGCAUCAUGAUGGUUAUGAGCCACUUCCUUCUGGUCCCGAGCUGGCAUAA